UCCCUUUAAAUAUGCCUCCGUCGGAGGCUGAAAAAUCAAAAGCUUCCGGACAUGCGCAGAGCGUGCAGGGGAACGCCUUCUUCUGGACUUAACACCGGUGCGAGAUUUUGGCGCCACGUGGGGAUCGUGUUUGUGUUCAUGAUCAGGCGUUAUUAUUGAAGAAUGGAAGAGGAUACACAUUAUAGAAUCAGGUUUAGUUCUUUGUGUUUCAUCAAUGAGCAUGUUGGAUUUCAGGGUACUAUAAAAAGCUCACCAGGUGACUUUAUUGUUAUUGAGAUUGAUGAACAAGGACAGUUAGUUAAUAAAGCCAUUGAUGAACCAAUUAAUGCAGUUAGUAAAAUACCUGAGCUGAAUAGUUUUGCCAAAAAGCCAAAAUUAGAUCUUCAAAAUUUGUCCUUUGAAGAUGGAAGUUACCAAGAACUUAAUACUUUGUCUAGGUGCUCUGAUGGUGACCAAAAUCAUCAAUCUAAUUCAGAAAAAGAAGAUACCAUCAGUGAUAGGGCUUUCAACUGUGAAGAAGAAAAUGAUGAUGUAUUAAACUUCUUUUUAGAUGAAAAAACAAAUGAAUUACUGAAUCAGUUUGCCUGUGAUGUAAAAGAGAAAUGGAAUUCAGAAACUGAGCUAAUUGGGCCAUCUCCUGAAUUCUCAUUAGGCAGGAUCCUUGACAAAAACCAAAGGGCUAUUUUACACAGUGCUAUUAGGCAGAAAUUUCCUUUCUUAAUAACUGUAGGAAAAAACAGUGAAGUUGUUAUAAAACCAAAUCUUGAGUAUAAAGAACUUUGCCAUUUGGUAUCUGAAGAAGAAGCACUUGACUUUUUUAAGUAUUUGGAUGCAAAGAAAGAAAAUUCCAAAUUUACCUUUAAACCUGAUGCAAACAAAGACCACAGAAAAGCUGUCCACCAUUUUGUCAAUAAGAAGUUUGGAAACCUUGUGGAAACCAAAUCUUUUCCUGAACAGACUUACAGUGCUUGUGAUCCAAAUGUAGUAAUAACAGUAAGAUUUCGGGAAAAAACAAAGCACAAGAAAAGAUCUCUUCUUGAAUGCCAGGAAAGAAAAGUGAUAUAUACAGCUUUUACCCUACGAAAGGAAAAUCUGGAGAUGUUUGAAGCAGUUGGUUUUUUAGCUAUCAAACUUGGUGUGAUUCCUUCGGAUUUUACUUAUGCAGGCCUUAAAGACAAGAAAGCCAUCACCUAUCAAGCAAUGGUUGUGAGAAAAGUGACUCCAGAGAGGUUGAAAAAUAUUGAAAAAGAAAUUGAAAAGAAAAGAAUGAAUGUGUUUAAUAUUCGAUCUGUUGGCAAGCCCCUUAGACUUGGACAGCUCAAAGGAAAUCAUUUUGAUAUUGUCGUCAGAAAUUUACAAAAUCAAAUAAAUGAUUCUGUAAAUUUGAGAGAGAGAAUUUUUGAGGCGAUAGAAAAUGUUAAGAAUAAAGGUUUCGUGAAUUACUAUGGACCACAGAGAUUUGGGAAGGGAAGGAAAGUUCAUACAGACCAAAUUGGAUUGGCUUUGCUGAAGAAUGAAAUGGUGAAGGCCAUAAAAUUAUUUCUUACACCAGAAGACUUGGAUGAUCCUGUAAAUAGAGCAAAGAAAUAUUUUCUUCAAACUGAGGAUGCUAAAGGCACACUUUCAUUGAUGCCUGAAUUCAAAGUUCGAGAGAGAGCGUUGUUGGAGGCAUUACAUCGCUUUGGCAUGACAGAGGAGGGUUGUAUCCAGGCAUGGUUCUCUUUUCCCCAUUCCAUGCGCUUAUUCUAUAUUCAUGCAUAUAGCAGCAAAAUUUGGAAUGAGGCAGCGUCUUACCGGCUUGAAACCUAUGGAUCAAGAGUAGUGGAGGGUGAUUUGGUCUGUUUGGAUGAAGAUGUUGAUGAGCAUUUUCCAAGUACUAAAGUUCAUCUGGUGACGGAAGAAGAGGAAUCAGCUAACACAUAUACAAUACACCAGGUGGUUCUUCCCGUACUUGGAUACAAUAUUCAGUACCCAAAGAAUCAAGUAGGGCAAUGGUACCAGGAAACACUUAGCAGAGAUGGACUACAGACAUGUAGGUUUAAAGUACCUACUCUGAAACUGAACAUACCAGGAUGCUAUAGACAGAUUUUGAAACAUGCCCAUAAUCUCUCAUACCAACUAAUGGGAGAUCAUGAUGUCAAAAUGGAAGGUUCCCACAUCGAUGAAUCAACUUUAUCUCUUUUGAUCUCUUUUAAUCUUGAUGCUUCAUGUUAUGCCACAGUUUGUCUGAGGGAAGUAAUGAAGUAUGACAUUUAAAACUGAUACCCUUAAAUAAAAAAAAACAAAACAAAACUGAUACCCUUGAUUAAUUGUGUGUGUGCCAGUCAUUGAAGGAAAGGUAGCUAAAAUUUCGUGACUGUCUACCAUAUGCCAAGAGCUUCGUAAUUGUUGUCUCCUUUGAUUUUUCACAGCAUCCUGAGAAGUUGGGGAAUUUGAUGCUUUAAAGUUCCAGGGGGCAUAUAGUAAGUAAGUGUCAGGGUCUGAAUUUAAGGUCUGUGUGAAAGCCUAUGUUGUUUCUAUUUUAUCAUGCUUCAGUGAAAUUUAUUCUAUGUCAUAAAGGUGCCAAUUGUUUUAAACUGUUAAUACCAUAUAUUGCUGUAAGCUAACACUUAAGAUAAAAAUUGUGAAAUAGUAUUCAUAUCCUCUAGCUCCUUGCUUAGAACACAGAUGAAACUAGAUUGCAUUGAAAUCAUUUAUGUUUGGAGAGAAACAGAUGAAGCAUUUUGCUAAUUAAUAAUGUCAUCAUGGGCUGGGGUUGUAGCUCAGUGGUAGAGCACUUGCCUAGCACGUAUGAGGCCCUGGGUUCAAUCCUCAGCACCACAUAUAAAUAAAUAAAAUAAAAAGUAUUGUAUCCAUCUACAACUAAAAAUAUUUUUUAAAAAAUAUCAUCCUUUUCUGUUUUUGAAAUUAUUGUUUAUAACUACAUAUGAGGAAAAUAUCGUUAUCCUUCUUUAUAAUAGCUAUCCCAGGUUAUUUAUUACCCCUUUAUGAAACAAAUAAUUGAUAAAACUUGAAAUAAAUAUUUUCAUAUAAUUUUUAUAUCCCCACAUAUAUUGAUCCCUAGCUUUUGGGGUUAUUAUCUAAAAUACAGACUUUAGAGUCAGAUCUCUACUUAGAUCCAGCUCUGAUAAAUUACCAAUGAAUUUGAUUCUUUUUUGAGAAUCAAGACAAUGUCAUCUUCAUAAGUGAUAAGUAAGAGGAUUAUUUUUACUUUUUCUGUUGCUAAAAGGAGAAAGCAUUUUGCCCAUUUCAAAAACUUAAUGUUUGUUGAUUUCACUGUCUCACAUCAUGAAUCAUUCUUUUUAAAAAUUAUUUUAUUUAUAUAUGACAGUGGAAUACAUUGCAAUUCUUAUUACACAUAUAGAGCACAAUUUUUCAUAUCUCUGGUUGUUUACAAAGUAUAUUCACACCAAUUAGUGUCUUCAUACAUACACUUUGGAUAAUAAUGUUCAUCACAUUCUACCAUCAUUUCUAGCCCCAUGCACCUUCCCUUCCCUCCCACCCCUCUACCCUAUCUAGAUUUGGUCUAUUCUUCCCAUGUUCCCUCUCCCUCCCCCACUAUGAAUCAACCUCCUUAUAUCAGAGAAAACAUUUGGCAUUUGUUUUUUUAGGAUUGGCUACCUUCACUUAGCAUUAUCUUCUCUAACUCCAUCCAUUUACCUUCAAUUGCCAUGAUUUUAUUCUCUUUUAUUGCUGAGUAAUAUUUCAUUGUGUAUAUAUGCCACAUUUUUUAAUCCAUUCAUCUACUGAAGGGUAUCUAGGUUGGUUCUACAGUUUCGCUAUUGUAAAUUGUGCUGCUAUAAAUAUAGUAUCAAUCCGAAUGACUUUUUGUCAGUUAAAUUGUGUUUGGGGGAGAAGGACAGAUAUGUUUUAAUUGAAAAGAGAAGAUCUGAGCAUCCUUUCAUUGCAUUAUAUCAUGAUGAAGUCUGGAAAACAGUAUGGAUCAUUAUAUAUUAAUAACAAGUCACUUUUAUCUACUUAAGUCAGUCUAACCAUUUAGGGAAAGUCAGCAUAAGAAAAUUCAAAAGAAGGGAAAAAACUCUUUGCAGUGCAAAAUUUGCUUGUUGCAGUAUUGUUCUAUAUGGUAAAAGAAAUCAGAAAUAAUUUCAAUGACUGCAUUAAAUAACCAAUAUAAAUAAAAUGAGAUAUACAAAUUGAUGGCAAACAUGUAGUUAUUAAAAAUCAUGAUGAAGGAUUUAGUAACAUUAGAAACUAUUGCUCCCCUAAAAGAUGCUACAAAUGUAAGUAAGUAACUUACAAAUGAGAGGCAUGUUGGCAUGGUGAUUAAAAGCACAAAUAUUGGAGACAAACUCCCCCAGUUUGAACCCUGGCUCUGCUAGUUAUAGCGUUGGGUAAGAUACUUAAGUUUCUGAGCUUCAGUUUCAACAUUUGUAAUAGGAAUGUUAAUAUAGACUUUACUCAGUGCAUAAGAUUUGUGUGCGGAUUUCAAGAGUACUAACUAAUAUAAGAAGUGCCUAACAAACAUUUAAGUUAUUAUAAAUAAAUGUCUUAAGGUGCAAGCUUGAAAGAGAAAAAAGAAAAGAAAAUGUUCGUUUAAGAUGAUGAAGUGUUUUUUUUUUUAAUACUGAAAAGUUACUGUUUUUGGAAUUUUAUAACUUGCCAAUAAAUAAAUCUCAAAACAAAAUAAUUGGAUAUUAUAGCACUAUUGAUUUUUUUAAAAUUGCCUUCAGAGUUUGUUUAUUGAGAAUGAAGUGAUGUUCUUCAGGUAGUAAAAUUUUUUUAUUAGGAAAAAAAUGUUUUAACUUUAUUUCAUAAGUUAUAUUCUGUAAAUGGAAUUAGAAAAUGAGUGUAUAAAUUACAAAAAUCUGGGGUUGGGGUUGUAGCUCAGUGGUGGAGUGCUUUCCUAGUAUAUGUGAAGCACUGGGUUUGAUUCUCAGCACCACAUAUAAAUAAAUAAAAGUAAAGUUCUAUCAACAAGGAAAAAUAUUUUAAAAAAAUUUUCUUGUAAAUGUUGAGUAUGAAAGGAAUAAAAUUUGCCAUCUUAUUUACUUUGCCUCUAGAUGGCACUGUAAUUUUAGCUAUCUUAUUUAUUUAUUUAUUUAGUAAAUAUUUCAGCCAUACAUGAAGGAAGAAAGAAUGACUUACUUUAUUUUAAGCUACUAUAAAAUAUAUUUAGAUAUUAUUCAUGUGGGAAAUCAUUUUUAUGUACCAAUAAUAUUUGCCUUGAUAAUUUUUUUUUUUCAGUUUAGGAAUUGUAUUAUUGUACUUUGGACUAACUGAUGACCAGUCACCCAGAUUUUUAUACUUUUUAUGGGAUAUUUCAGAUCUUCAUGAGCAUGACCUUUAAUUAGUUUCAGUUUUCAAGGUUGUAUUUGAAACUGAAUAAUAGUUUCUAUAGAUUAUUACAGGGAAACAAUUUUGAGUUCUUUUUAUUAAGAUAAAAACACCUGGAUGUUUUGUCAGUUGGAAAAAACUAAAGGUUACAUGUAACUUUUGAUCCAAUUGUCAUGUAUUGAGUGUCUGUUAUGCAAGUUUGUCUCAUUUUGUCCAUAUACCCACCCUAUGGGGAGGUAGCAUCCCCCUUCCCUCUUUUUUGUGGAUUAGAAACAUAUCUGAGUGUUAUUGACCUAUUUAAGGUCAAAGAAGGUAGUAUAUAGUUGAAUUUGAUUAUGCUUCAUAGAUCAGUACUAUUUCAUCUACUCAGUAUUUGCCUUCUGAAGACAGAGUUUUUAGAUAAGUUCAUUUCUGCUAGCUUGAUAUUACCUACCAUUAGUUAAUAGGCAUAUUGGAGUGUGUCUUGAAACAAGAUUUCUUUUGAGAUUCAUAACUAAAAUAGAAAUAAAAGAGAUCCUCCAGGAAAUUUCCAAAUCAUUUUGGAAUAUUUUGCAGAAUAUUUUGGGAUUUGUUUUGUAGUGAAAUGCAAAACCAUAUAGGUCCUAAGACGUUAUUUUAGAUAGUACCUAGUCCAAGUUAAAUAUCGUUGAAAAAGCAUAGCAAGGAAGUUGGAAUUCUCUUUUAGUCCUCUCAUCAAUUUUUCUGCUUAAACCUGAUUGAUACUAAUUUACAUAUAUUAGUAAUGCUUGCUGAUUUAAUUUUUUUUUAGCAGAAACAUCUAGGAUCUUAUGCUCAGGAAUAUCAGCAGCCAGCAAUAUCUAACUAGAAUUUAGUAAGAUUGCUUUGUUUUAUUGAAUGUGUUUUUCCACUUAAUGUGUAUUUAUGGCAAACAAUUUUGGUGUCUAGUCUAUGUGAUAAUACUGUAUUUCCUUUAAAACUAAAUUUAAUUUUAAAGAGGGAGAAUCAAUUGAAGGGUAUUCAGUAAAUAACAGUGAAAAUAUAGCAGUAAUUAUGAUGAUAAUAUGUGAAUGAUUAAAGUUUAAGAAAUACUGGUGUAGUUGAGAACUUUUAAUUCAGACAUGGGCUCCAAUACUAUGAAUAGAGGUACCUCUGAUCAAAAUUUAAAAAAUUAAAAGGCCUGAGGAUAUGGCUUAGUGAUUAAGCACCUCUGGUACCAAAAAAUUAAAAUAAAAUAAAAUUAUGAAUAGAGGUACUAAUGAUCACAUGUACCAUAUCUUAAAAUUUUACUGAUGAAAACCACCGGUGGCAGCUUGGGAGGCUGAGACAGGAGGAUCGCAAAUUCAAAGCUAGCCCCAGCAAAGGUGAGGCACUAAGCAACUCACUGAAACCCGGUCUCUAAAUAAAAUCGAAAAUAGGGCUGGGGAUGUGGCUCAGUGGGUUUGAGUGCCCCUGAGUUCAAUCCCCGGAGGGGAAAAAUUUUUUUUUUACUGAUAAGGAAUUCAUUUUAGAAAAUCCUGUGAAGCACUAAGAAUAGUGUCUGGCACCAAGUAAAACUCAGUAAAUUUCAUCAAGUGUUCUUAGAGUUAUUAUUACUUCUCUGUGCUCUCUUAUAAAAUUCUUAUUUAAUGACUUUCCAUUGAGAUCAAUGUGUUUUGUCAUAAAGUCAUUAAAAUUAGCUUUCACAGAAAGUUUUUUUUUAAAUAAGUGGAAAUGACUAUCUCUAAAUCUGGAGAUUCAGAAGUUCAUUCAAACUAUCUAGCAGUGUUUCCCAACAUUUUCCAUCUGGAAACAACCAUUAAGAGACCAAAAAGAGCAUGAAACGCUGCAUAACUAAAUGCAAAGUUUUUUUGUAUUAAUGAAAGGUUGGAAAAGAGAUUGGAGGAAUGCUCAAAAGGUAGCAAAAUGGGACAUUUUUUUCUCAACUUCUGAAAUGUUUGCAUUUUAUUUUAUUUUAAUUUUUUGGUACCAGAGACACUUAAUCACUAAGCCAUAUCCUCAGGCCUUUAAAUUUUUAAAUUUUGAAACAGGGUCUUUCUAAGUUGCUGAGGCUGGCUUUGAACUUGCAAUCUUCCUGCCGUAGCCUCUUGAGUAGCUGGGAUUACAGGUGUGUGCCAGUGUGCCUGGCUAAUAUGGUUGGGUAUUAAUUCUGCAAAUAAAAACCUUGAAGACUACUUGAGUUUCAGAAAGUAGAAGGUAAAAGAAUUGAUGGAUUAUGAUUGUGUUUAUUCAGAGUGGUUCUGGUAGUCCAUGCCAACAAAUAAUGCCAGGGAGAGAAUCUAUGCAUUAUACCUUUUAAUAGUGCCAAUGACAGCUUAGUACUCUAGUUUAAAAUUUAGUGCCUGUAUUAGGAAUUUUUUGUUUUCACAUUUCCGGUAGCAUCCAUCUUAGGGAGAGCUGAUGUCUAUGGAACUAUUUUAAUCUGGUUUUUUAAACCUUCUGCUUUACACUUUUUUUUUUUUUUUUGGCCACUAAGCAGCACCAAAUAUAAUAGUCUACAAAUACUUGAAUGACUCUAAAUUAAAGGCACUCUAUGAUCUGCAGUGAGAAAGACAAAUACAAGAUAAUAACCCUAUUUUUGAGGGGAUAAUAGUGUUAUAUUCUAUAGCUUUUCAUUUGAUUUGAAAUACACUUGCAAAUAUAAUAUGCAGACUAAAUGACAAAGAGAAAAAGAAGCAACAUCUUUAUAUUUUAUGGCUCACUAUAUGUUGCUUGUCCUCUCAGCACCCUAUUCUAAUCCUUAAAUGAUACUUAUAUUAGCAUUACUAAGAAGUUUGAGAUGUUCUUAAAAUAUAUUUUGAACUAUUCGGUCCAAAUGCUGCUUUCUAAAUAUCUACUGGUUUCAAGAAUGGGAAAUAAUGUUAAUGGAGUUAAUCUUGUGUAAUUUCAGUGUGGAUUGUCAGAAAUGCCUCGAAGUAAAGAAAAUGAGUCUAAUCUUCUUAAGCAAUUUAUUCUUUCAGAGACUUUGAGGCAGGACUCUCUAUUACUAAAGAAAUAUUUUGAUUAUGGGAAGAAGUCAGGAUAUCCAUGAAAUCAUUUAAAUGUAGACAUUGGAAAACAUUAAAAUUAUAAGAUAUAUUAAACUAUCUUCUUAAUUUUAAGUCUUCUUAAUCUUAAGUGUUCUUAAUAAAUACCCAACUCAGCCACAAAUGUUGAAAUAAAACCCUGUUAUAAGGAGGAAAAUUAAACAAUGAAGGCAAAAUUAGAGCUAUUUGGUUGUUUUAAAAGGGAAAAGAUCAAUGAGCUGGUCAAUUCUUAGCUGAAGGUGUUUGGGCAUCAGGAUCUGGUUGAGAAUGGAAGGGGAUAGGAACUCAAUUCUUUUUUUUUUUAAAUUUUUUAUUGUUGGCUGUUCAACUCAAUUCUUUAUGCUUUUAUACUAAGCCACCCUUUUUGCAGUAAGCCUUAGUGACAUUUUCUUAGACUGGUUAGGUCAGGAUUCUGAAUUUUUUACUACAAUAGGGUUUAACCUUAACUGAUUGUUUCCACCCCAACCCCCGGUCAUAAAAGACUAGUGUUCUUUUCUAAAAAGGGAAGGUGAAGAUUCUGUUAAAACCUAUAAUUCCCCUUAGGUUAUAAUAAAAUGGAUUUUUUUUUUGCACAUGAUUUUCAAGAGGAACCUAAUUUUAAUUACAUUUUUUAAUGCUAUGUAAACAAUAAAGCAGUUUUCACAUAGGGGAACACUUAUUCUGAGUUCAAAGAGCAUUCUCUUUGAAUUUCAUAGUGAAACCUUUGAUGACUCUAUUUUCUAUGUUCAUAUCUUCUUUUCUUUAGAUUAUUGUGCUAAUUAUCUAACUGGGUGGUCUUUAUUCUUUAUUCUAGCCAGUCUAUCUUCUACACUAAUGUCAGUAAUUUUUCUAAAAGUAGAAAAUCUGAUCUUGUAAUUAUUUUUAGGCUACAUAAUGUUUCAGUAUUAAUGGAAUAAAAGUCAAAACCCCUCAAAGUAGCACAUGUAGACAGGAUGUGAUAAGAAAUUUUAUGCCAAAAUUUAGGUAAAAUGGAAAGCUCAUUAAAAAUGUAAUUUAGUGAUAUUAUGUCACCAAAAUAUACUACAAUUGAAUAAUCUUACAACCAUUAAAUGAACCAGUUUCCUAACAUUUUUCUGUAUAGAAAAAUUUAACCCUGGAUGACUUUAAUGACUGGUUCUACUAAAUAUUCAAAAGUGAUGAAUUAGAAUCUGUACAAACUCUUCUAGAGAUUAGAAAAAUGUGGAACAGUCCCCAACUUAUUUUAUGAGGCCACAAGUCUAAUAUAACAUUGUUGGCAUUCAAGAAAUUCUUCAUAAAUCCUCCCUACUAACAAAUCCCCACCCACGAAGUUAUCUUUAUUCCAGCUUUAAUCAUAACUUUCUUCCUUUUCUUUAUAGCUUCACUACCUCUAUAUUCAUUUACAUAUAAAAUUGUAUAGGUUAGCCCAUUUUUAAACUUUGUGUGAAUGGAAUCAUACACAUCUUUAUUUGUGUCUUGUUAUAAUAUUAUUUGUUAAUAUAUUGUAAAUUUUUAUUUUCAGACUGUCAUGCAACUUGGAUGUGGUUACAUAAAUACAUGCUUUUAAAAUAUUCUUUAAAGUUCACAGACAAACACAUAUUGGGCUUGCAUUUUAAGCAUUUUAGGGCAUAAUAGUCUUUGAGAUAACUUCUAAACACAGCAAAGGAAGAAAACAUAAUGAAAUUUUUGCUUAUGGAAUAGAAAAAAGUAUUUUCAAACUAUGCAUCUAAUAGGGGAUUAAUAUUUAAAAUAUAUAAAAGCUCAACCCCAUAUCAAGAAAGCAAAUAACUAAAUUUUAAAAUAGGCAAAGGCCAGGUACAGUGAUGCAUUCCUAUAAUCCCAGUGACUCAAGUGGCUAAGGCAGGAAGAUUGCAGAUUCAAGGCCUGCCUCAGAAAUUUAGCAAGAUCCUGUCUCAAAAUAAAAUAAUAAUAUAAUUUAAAAAAGGACUGGUGAUACAGCUUCUUUUCAAUCCCCAGCACCUCUCCAAAGUGGACAAAGGGCUCUAGUUAACAUUUCUUAAAAGAAAACAAAUGUUCAAUGAGCUUAUCAGAAAACAUUUAACAUCCUGAUCAUCAGGGAAACAUAAAUUAAUAUUACAAUGAAAUAUGACUUCACACCUUUUAGGAUGGCUAUCAUAAAAAAUGAAAGAUAACAAGUGUUUGAGAAGACCUGGAGAAAGAGAACCCUUAUACACUGUCGAUGGGAAUGUAAAUUAGUUUAACCAUUAUGAAAAAUAGCAUGGAGUUUACACACACACACACAAAUACUACCAUAUAAUUCAGCAAUCCCACUACUGGGUGCAUUUACAAAGAAAAUGAAAUCAGUAUGUCAGAAAGAUAACUGAAUUCCCUCAUUCAUUGCAGCACUAUUUAUAAUAGCUAAAUAUUUAUAAUAGCUAAGGUGUAAGUGUCCAUCAGCAGAUGAACAGAUAAGAAAAUAUGGUAUGUAUAUACAGUAGAAUACAAUUGUGCCUUUAAAAAGAAGAGUGUUUUGUUAUUUGUGAAGACAUGGAUGGUUCUAGAGGACAUUAUGUUAAGUGAAAUAAGCUAAACAUAGAAAGACAAGUACUGCCAUGAUCUCAUAUGUGGAGUCCAAAAAAGUUGAUCUCAUACAAGUUGAGAGUAGGAUAGUGGUUACCAGAAACUGAAAAAGGAUGGAGGGUUCAGGGGAUGUUGGUCAAGGAAUACAAAAUUUCAGUUGGACAUGAGAAACAAGUUCAAAAACCUGUUGUACAACAUGGUGACUAUAGUUAGCAACAAUGUAUUGUACACUUGAAAAUUGCUGAGACUAGAUUUUAAUUGUUCUCACCACACACACUAAAAUGAGGUAAUGCGUAUGCUAAUUUAGC